CUUUGGAUUAAGAUUCAGUAACGACUAAACUGAUAAAAAAAUGCUACGUAUCUGUGUCUGUGACGCCAAAGACGCGUCCGUAUUUUUUUUGAGCGACAAAUAUUCACGUAUUAUUAACUACUUUGUUUUUUUUACCUAGUUGACUGUCUACGCCAAAGACGCGUCUGUAUUUUUUUGAGCGACAAAGAAAUACUCACUUUCACAACAACUGUUACAUUAUUUCGGGCUCCUACACGCGACUAUCUCUAUCUAUCAAAAGUAUACUCGUGUUUUAAUAUUCUGUGGUCUAAAUUACUUACGUGUGAUACUGAACUUUGAAUAUUUUGUGUGUUUCAUCUCAUUCUCUAUCUCUGCCACUGCACUUGAGUACUCAUUUUCCCCCUGCACGACCUUCACCUUCACCGUUGCAACCGGCACGCGGCGUGAGCGAACGAUGCCGCCGAAGGACAACAAAAAGCGCGUCGGCGUUGGCGAUUCCGGCGGUGGAGAGGCGAAGCGGAAGAAGGAAAAUAAUCUGGAAGGUUCUAAUGCCUCGGCUAAGGCGCCAGUGUCGUCGAACAAAGGGACGAGCGCCGCUGCUUCGUCAAGCAGUACAGCGAAAAAUGCCAAGCCGAAUAGUAAGAAACCGGAGUCCUCGAGCUCGACCUCGUCCUCCUCCUCAUCCAGCAAGGAAAACAGCGGGUCCUCCUCAAAUUCGUCGUCAUCUUCUUCCUCAGUCAUCAAAUCUGAGAGCGCGGGACUAGCUGUGGCGGGCAAAGAUAAAAAGGUACGUGUCCUUUGAUCUCAUUGGUUCAGUAAGACUUACUAGAGACUGUCGUAUCAAAGGAGCGCGGCGUACGUUAUGGCAGCUUUACUAGUGCAUGCUGCAAUACCAUAUUUUUACUUCUAUUCUCAUAUACUCACAGGUCGUGAUGAAGGCGAAAGCCAAGAAAGAGACGCUGCUGCCCACCAGCGACGACGAAAAGGAGGCUGAUGAUAAGAAGAAGCAAGCUGCUGGCGACAACAAGAAGAAGAUGACAAAAGCAACUACGCAAAAGAUGGAAGACUGGGAAAAAGUGCGAAUGAUUCGAAAGAAUCAUUACGAGAGUGCACAACUCCCCCUCCCCCUCAUUUGUUAUGCAAAAUCUUAAAUCCAGUUCCAGGCUGUGCCUCUUGGCACUGGUUGCAUGCCAAGUUCUGGUAGCCCAGAUAGCACUACACUCGAGUGGAAAUUUGUCAUGCAGAACGGGCAAUCUCGCUGAUGCUUGUAAUGCAGUUCAUGCUAUAAAUCCCAAAUCCAGGCUGUGCCUCUUGGCACUGUUUGAAUGGCAAGUUCUGCUAGCCCUAAUAGAACAGUGGAAAUUUGUCAUGCAAAACCGGCAUUCUUGCGGAUGCUCGUUUUGCCGUUCAUGCUAUACAACUGAGGGGGAGGGGGAGUUGUGCACUGUCAUAGUCAUGAAGUCGCUUUUAGGGAAAAAACACCGGACGACGCAGCCAAGCCAAUUUUAGUGGCGGACUGGGUUGUUGACCCCGAAGGACGCAAGCGGGUCAAAUCGGCGGUCGGGUGGACCCCUAUCCCCAUCUCGGACCCAAAUGGCUCCACAGACGAACUGCUGGACGAAUUGCCCGAGGUGCUGUUCAAGAAAUUCGACCGCGACGGGAUAUCCGACCACCAGGCGGAAUGCAUGCUGCAGGAGCUGAAGAAGCUGCCGACUCCGCUGCACUUCUGCGCGGCGAACAAGGACUCCGUGGACCACCAGAAGAAGCGGGCGAAGAAUUUCUGGCAGGAGUUUCGGCUGGAGAAGGGCGACAUCGUGAUCGUGCAGGGGAGCUCCAAGGACGGGAAGAACUUCGGGGGGAACGACGACGGGAUCGCAAUCUGCAUGGUGCACUCCUUCGGAAAUAAAGUGUACGAAGGGCGAGCGCGGGUGGGACAGGGAGGAUCGGCGCAGUGUGGGAAGCAGGGCGACAGCGACUCUACGGACUUUAAGGAGAACAAGUACUACCUGCACAUGGAAGUCUUCAAAACCUACACCAAAGGCAGCUGUGCUUUUCAGGACGGGACAAAGGCGGUUGUCGUGGUAUCGAGUGCAAAAGUGUCCGGAUCUGGAAGCAUGCAGCUUGUUGUGCUAAAUCUGGACCGUGGAAAUAUCUGUGUUGCAUGACUGCCACAAGCUGCCCACUUUCGACCAAGCGGAGAGACUUUCUCAUGCGGGAUAACCUGUCACGCUAGGUCCUGCAUUCUAGACUUCAUGGGUCAUGAGGAACCUGCACAACAAGGCUCGUAAUCUUCCAGACCCAGACAUAUUUGCAGUGGAUAGGCCGGAACAAAUAAUAAUGUGUCCUGUUCGGACUUCAAGAAGAAGGUCUGGGACGAACUGACGGAGGAGCAGAAGAGCAAGGUCCUGCAGCACUACGACGCCAGAACCCGCGACGUCGCCGCCAGCGGCGCAGCCAGCCGCUUCCCGCGCAGAAGGGCGGCAGCCCCCCGAGAGGCACCGCUGUACAGUAUGCAGGUGAAAAGUGUGGCCCUCUCCUGGGAAACUUUUUGGAUAUCCUUGCGAUUCCGCUCUUUCAGUUGGGGAAUUACAUCAGCAGUCAGGAGCGUUUAUCAGAGAUGCCUUCUAAGUCAGUCUGUUAUUUGUCUGUCAUGCGGUGUUUCUGUUCACAAAUACAUGAAGGCGGGAUUUCUUUUGCACAGAGCUAACUACUUUUUUUGUUCUCGGGGGUAGGGGCAGCACUUGUUUUCACCUUGAUACCCGACGCAGAGGCGGUUUACGAAGUGGUAGAUUUCGAACAGCCGGAGACGCCAACCUUCGCCACACUUCUGGCGCAUUUGAAGAAGCGAAGCCUGCCGCGGAGCAGCCGGGCGAACGUUUCCUCCCAGUAUGCGGAUUGGAAGCGGUUUGGGUACGUGAAGGGAGGGCUGGCUGAGCUGGCGCGCAGCAAGCAGGAGGUGACGCCCGCGGAGGAUUUUGAGGAGCAGCUGAAGUGCCCGUGGGUCCGCGAGUUGUGGCGACAGUGCUGCAUGUUGGCGCAGGACGCGACCGCUAGGGGAGUGCUCGGCGAAGCAAUCUACUUCAGUGCGGGCGGCUUUGGCUAUGAACUAGAAUAAUCCUCCCUCCCCAUACUCUGUCUAGUAGGCUUAAUCGGGGGGCCCGAUAGCUUUGAUGCGUCUUGUAUAGCGAUUCCUCUUGCCUUUUCUCUGCCGGCUACGGCAGCGACAUCUGCACUGCGGAGAGUAGCUUUCGACAUAAAUGCACAAAAUGACUUGGAUAGAUACAUGAAUGCACGCUGCGACACAGGUCGCAGCAGCAGAUUGGGGAGGUGGGGCCUUUCCUCAUGAUACCGGGUUGGAUAAUGUCACUUCUUGGCAUGCCGACGAGGGCAACGAUCCCCAGACUUUGAACUUCCAGUUCCUACGGAAGUGAAAAAACGCCCCGCCCCAGAACCGGAGGCGCUUGCGUAUGUGUUGCCUGUGCGCGCAGAUAUAGUGGCGCUGGCAGUGCUAGUGCUUUUUUUUGUUUCUACAAAAAAAUCAGAGAUGUGGCGUGCUGUUUGCAUUUAUUGCGCAGAUUAGCGCGCCAUCAAGAAGUUGGCUGCUGCAGUGAGGGAAAGCUGAGCGCUUGCGUCGCCCCGCUGCAGGGAAAACUAGCUCGCGUGCGCAGAAAUCAAGCAUGGCAAGUUCUCUCCGAAUUUGGGGGUGGUGCGUUUGUCUUCAGGAUAGGUUUGCCUCGGCGACUACGGCUGCGAUCUGGAGUACGCGAAGCAUCCGACCUGCAACGCGGGCAGGGUCAUCCUGUACGGAACCGAGGGGCAGAUGGUGGGGGACGCUGUGGAAACCAUACGGGGACCGGACGGGACACCCGCGAAGUGCAUCCUGAGACCGUGCCGCGAGAAGUGGAUUUGCUUCAAGCCGCACCGGAAGCACCGGACGGAGCCACACACGAAGGGGAAGCGGUAUUGCUAUGCUUUGUGCUGCUUUAUGCAAUUCCUUUCCUUUAUCGUUUAGCGCCGCGUAUUAAGUGCUUAUCGCGACGACCUUAAUAUCAGAAAGAAUUGCGCGAAUGAUUAUAAACAGGUACACUAUCACCCUCUUUUCCCACGCGCCUCCGAAUGAUGUCUCCCAGAAAAAGGAGCUGAUCAAGCUAAUGCGGAAGUAUAAUACACCGGUCCCACCGAACUGGGAAAAGUGAUCCAUCCGAUUCCAUCGCCUCUGUACACCUUUUUCACUGCUAGCAGCUCGAAACACACCAUCGCCAAAUAACCGACUGUGCUGCAAACGCAGUUGCCGAUCCCGCAGAUGACACGAAGACGCAAGACAAGAAAGGGAGUAAAAAUGACACUUGAAGACUAUUUGCGUUUUUCGGACAGCAAGGUGAUGCUGUCUCGCGUACACCGAACUGCUUACGAGUCCCUACUUUUCUGUUCUUCGCAUCACUCACCAUUCUGAACCUGUCAUCUUCCUCUUCCUCUGUCUGAUAAGGCUAUUUACAAAUUCCAGUACCACAAAUAUAUUUUUUUUCAUCGCAGUAUGGUCCGGUGCAGAUGAGAACCUCGCGUACAGAUAAUUCCAAUAAAGUGAACUAAAAAUGUGGACAUCGUGCUUUUUUCAAACUCAUCCUAGCAGCCAAAGACGCUCGAAAAAAUGGACAAAAAAAGAAGGCCACACCUACACUGAGUGUUGAGAAG